AUGAUUAUCUCGAAGCAAAACCGUAGAGCAAUCCUCGAAAACCUUUUCAAGGAAGGAGUAAUCGUCGCUCAGAAGGACUACGAAAUCAAGCACGAUGAGCUCAACGUGCCUAACCUCGAGGUAAUCAAGUUGAUGCAAUCGCUCACUAGCAAGGGAUUCGUUAAGACCCAAUUCUCAUGGCAAUGGUUCUACUACACUCUCACACCAGAGGGAUUAGACUACCUCAGAGAGUUCCUCCACUUGCCUUCAGAGAUUGUACCAAACACUCACCGUAAGGCUGCUAGACCAGCAAGACCAGCACAGGUCAGACAGCAAGGAGAGGCAUUCAAGGGUGGCAGAGAUGACCGUGACUCUUACCGUCGUGCUGAUGCUAAGGAGGGUGCUGAUGCUGGCUUCCGUCCACGUUUCGGCGGUGUCGGUCGUGGUGCCCCACGUGCUUAA